AUGCAACAAGCCUCAAAUGAGGUCAUGAAAAGUUCUCAGACAGUUGUCCACAAAAAGCCGGACUGGUCGGAUUCGAACAGAAGUAGAAGGUUCGGACGGUGGGGAUUUAAUUUUUCAGAAAAAAGAAGUCAAGGUCUGGAGAUCAGCGCCCAGCAUAUUGACAGACCGAGUGUCACAGACAUCAAAAAGAGAUCUUGUGUUUACCUCCAAGCUGCUGCAAAAUUAUCUGACACUGCACACAUCCUGAGCAGGUCAAAACAUCUCAUAGGUCUAUCCAAAACUAGACUUCCUACAAUCAUCUCUCUACCUCCCAUCAAAGGAUCAAGAACCAUCUCUGGAAAAAAAACUUUAACAGCAAACAAGAAGUCAGAGGAAACUGAAGAAAAGCAGGUGAUUUAUGUGAUGGUGAAAAGACAUGGGAAAAUCAAUCAGGAGUCAAUCAAAUCGAGUAAAAUCUGUGUUGCUCCUGCAGCAGGAAACAAAGCAUUCGUCAAAGAUUCAGGGACUUGCAGCAGAUGGAUUCAAAAGACCUUGGACAGUGAGCCAGCCGUAAAAUCGACUCCAGCACCAGUGGACCCUCCAGUACAACAAAAGAAUGACACUAGUGUUGCCGGUGCCAAUGAAGGGUGUACAAUGAAGCCUAAACAUGAUGCCAGUCUCAGCAAAGGACUGAGACUGCUCAUCCGCUCCAAUGACUCAGCCAUUGAAACAGAAUCUGGGCUUUCUGUAGACAAAGGCCGUCUGGAGAGGUUGCAGGAGGACAGCAAUGAUGAAGAGGAGGAGUACUAUACCGAGCAGAGGAUCACAGAGUGGGUUCUUGCAGUCAACUCCAGCUUCUUCUACAGGGGAGAUCAUGUGCAGGAAUCCUUAAAACCCACAGAGGAGCAAGAUGUGGCUACCAUAAAGAUUAUUUAUAAUGGAGACUGA